AUGAGAGAAGAUGGUUGGUCAAGUCUACUCGAUGAAGUGUCAUUAUUUUGUGAGAAGCAUAAUAUUGACAUUAUAAAUAUGGAUGAUGUCUUCAUGUUACAUGGAAAACCAAGUCGUAAAGUUGAAAAAGUUUCAAACUUGCAUCACUUUCAAGUCGAGGUCUUUUAUCAAGUGAUUGAUAGGCAACUUCAAGAACUGAACAAUAGAUUUAUUGAGGUGAAUAGUGAAUUGCUUAUUUGUGUAGCAAGUUUAAGUCCACGAGAUUCAUUUGUUGCAUUUGACAAGGAAAAGUUGAUUAAUCUGGCUCGAUUUUAUCCAUCCGAAUUUUCUUUGGUAGAGCUUAUGGGACUCGACAAUCAACUUGAAAAUUACAUCAUGGAUGUUUGUUCAAGUGAGCAAUUUUCUAAUUUACAGGGAAUUAGUGAUCUUUCAAGAACGAUGGUGGAGACUAAAAAACACAUUGCUUAUCCAAUGGUGUACUUACUUUUGAAGUUGGCAUUACUUUUGCCUGUGGCUACGACAACCGUUGAAAGAAGUUUCUCAGCUGUGAAUUUUGUGAAGAAUCAACUGUGCAACCGUAUGGGUGGUAAAUUUUUAAAUGAUUGUUUGGUAACAUACAUAGAGAGUGAUAUAUUUGAUAGUGUUGAAAAUAAAAAAAUCUUACAACACUUUCAAAAUAUGAAGACACGUAGAGAGCAAUUAUAA